GUUUCCGCGGUGCUCCGAAGAAGAUGGCAGAAAACAAAAACUACAUCUAACAGCCAAUCAAAGGCGGAUCCUUUUCCCUGUACACCGAGAACGUGUCAACAUGACGAUGUCGAUUGAGUUGAUGAGUCGGUACGUGAGCCCGAUCAACCCGGCGGUGUUCCCGCACCUCACGGUUGUCCUGCUAGGCAUCGGAAUCUUCUUCAUGGCCUGGUUCUUCGUAUACGAAGUGACGUCCAACAAGUUCACGCGCGAUGUGUACAAGGAGCUGCUCGUGUCACUGGUCGCCUCUGUCUUCAUGGGCUUUGGCAUCCUCUUCCUGCUGCUGUGGGUCGGCAUCUUCGUUUAACACUGGUACAUGUUUGACAGAUCCAUCCUUCAUCCUACUGCAGUGUGGCAUUUCGGCACCAGUCCAUGGACGUGUACAUAUUAUCAAUAAAUGUCAACUUUCACCAA